AUGCCAGAGUGUAUACCAUGUCCAGCAGCCGCUCCCUGCGCGCCUACAGCGGGAGUAAAAAGCGGGCCGAAAGAUGGGAAGCCCAUGGAUGGCAAGCAGGAACACCCAUGUCCAUGCAAAUCUUGCUGCUGUGGGAAACCACCGAUCGUGAAACCUUGCUAUAAACAGCCCAAAAUACCAGAUUCCUAUGCGCCCCGACGAUGUUACAUGAAACCUUCGGCUCCAGUAGAAUCAUGUACUACAUACAAACUGUCAUACUUACCAGUUGAUGGCUGUAAAAAUUUACGAGGUGAAGCAAGGAAACCGCCACCGAGUUUGGUACCGAGCUGUGAACCGAUGGAAUCUUGUACAGUGCAAAAGCUCUCAUUCCUACCCAACCCUGUGUGCGUAACGCAACCGAUCCGUCCCUGCCAUCACGACAUGUGGGGACAAGGGCCGAUGCAGAACAUCACUACGCAGAGACACGACUAUGUACCCAAACCGUGUGUUCUACGUGAAAGUUGCAAGCCAUCAGCGAAGUUCCACUGUGACGAACAACCUUUUGAAAACCGCACUGUAAAUAAGCUGUCCUAUUUGCCUCCCGAGAGGAUCGAGCUCGUAAAGUCUUUCGCUCCAGAACGUUGUUAUGAACGACCCGCCGCUAAAAUGGACGGCAGUACUACCCAUAAACUAAGUUAUAUGUCUAAUCAGAUUCUACCAAAAGAACCAAUGCCGUGGGCAUGUAAAGGACAAUAUCAGAAGCCCUGUCAGAAAUUAGAAGAUAAUACAACUUACACAAUGAGUUACCUAGAUUCAAAAAGUGACUGUCGAAGGAGAGCAAUAAUUCCUGACAGCUGCAUCAAUCCCGUCACAGCUUCAAAGAGAUUUGAGACUCAGACUAUAUAUAAGAACAGCUAUUUACCAGCGUCCGCUCCAAUACCCCAACCAAUAAAACCUUUAUCGAAUCUCGUACCGUCCACCGCGCAAAUGGAAGGUGAUACUGUACAAAAGCUCUCAUUCCUACCCAACCCUGUGUGUGUAACGCAACCGAUCCGUCCCUGCCAUCACGACAUGUGGGGACAAGGGCCGAUGCAGAACAUCACUACGCAGAGACACGACUAUGUACCCAAACCAACUGCUGUUCGAGAGUCUUGUAAGCCACCACAAAAAUAUCACUGUGUGGAACAACCUUUUGAAAAUCGCACCGUAAACAGAAUGUCUUAUUUGAAUCCCGGUCGAAUCGCACUGCCAGAAUCGUAUGCACCGAAUCGAUGUUAUGAGAAACCUGCUGCCAAAAUGGAAAGCGACACAAUACAAAAGAUGUCCUACCAACCGGUGUGCGCCCCCGCGCCGCAGCGACCGCCCUGGGCCUGCAAGGGACAGUACCAGAAACCAUGCCAAAGGUUGGAAGGCACAACUGUCUAUCGAUCGUCAUUCUUGCCGCCCGGUGAAGACUGUACUGAGUAUAUGGACCCUUGUUCGUACGGGGAUUGCAAACGU